AUGGUUUAUAAUAAAUCUGCUAAGCAAUUAAAUUCAAAAAGAGAAUUUUAUGGACAUGGUUUUGGACUUUGCAAGAAAGCUUUGAAUUUAGCGAUUACAAAUGGUUCAAAUAAGGUUUUUGAAGAGCUUUUGCAAGACUUUAUUAAACAACAAUUGUCUGUACAGAAUGAAAAUAACGAACAAAUUGAACACGAAAUUGAUGUUUCUAAGAUAUCAAAUCUAGCUAGACAUAAAGAUGAAAAUGUGGAAAGGUUGAAAAAGAAGAACAAGCGGCAAUGUGGCAUAUGCAAAUCUUGGUAUCAUGACUCCCGAAAUUGUCUUUUAAAGAAUAAUAAAAAAGGCGAUGUUUAUUUUGAUCAAGAAAAUUUAAUGGUUGAAUCAAACAUAUAA